GAGGCGGUGCCUCUUGACGGUGGUUGUUCAGCGUGGUGCACGCAGACGUCGGGCAACAAACACCGUUACAUUUGUAGUUUGGGAUCUAAAAAUAACCCACAACAGCACUUAAACGCGUGCUUGACUCGCCACGAUUUGUCAAAACUCUGCUUGGGGUUGGAGGAUAAAUUAGAAAUGAAUGUUCCUGCGGGGUUUCGAGCGGAUUCGUUAGCUCCCAAGUAGUGAUUCCGGUUCAGUGGGAAGGUUUGAACUGUUCUCUGGAAAGUGACCAUUGUUGAAAUCAGGUCGAAGCUGUUGUCAUCCCCACUGGCUGACUUUCUUAGCUUCAUUUUUUUACGGAUUUAAAACAGAAAACAGUGCAAGCUUUUUAGUGUCAUGAAAGAAAUGUCAAGCGCCAUGCCUGGUGGGCAGCAGCCUCAGAAACACUAUGGCAUCACCUCCGCCAUCAGCCUGGCUCCCCCACGAGAAAUAGACCAUUUGUACACCAAGAAACUCUGUGAUGCUAUGAAACCUUUUGGUGUCUUUGAGGAUGAAGAGGAACUGAACCACAGACUCGCUGUUCUUGGAAAGUUAAAUAACUUAGUUAAAGAAUGGAUCGCAGAGAUCAGUGAAUUAAAGAACCUUCCACCAUCAGCUAUUAGUUGUGUUGGAGGAAAAAUUUUUACGUUUGGUUCAUACAGACUUGGAGUUCACACAAAAGGAGCUGAUAUUGAUGCCUUGUGUGUGGCGCCGCGGCACGUAGAGAGAACAGACUUUUUCCAGUCUUUCUUUGAGAAAUUGAAACAGCACGAAGAGAUCAAGGACCUCAGGGCUGUUGAAGAUGCUUUUGUACCGGUGAUAAAAUUCAAAUUUGAUGGGAUUGAGAUUGACCUGCUUUUUGCCAGAUUAGCCUUACAGUCCAUUCCAGACAACCUGGACCUUAGGGGCGACUCCAUCCUGAAGAACUUGGACAUUCGGUGCAUCCGAAGCCUCAACGGUUGUCGAGUAACGGAUGAAAUUUUAUACCUUGUGCCAAACAAAGAGAACUUCAGGUUGACAUUGAGAGCCAUCAAACUCUGGGCGAAACGUCGAGGGAUCUACUCCAACAUCCUGGGUUUUCUGGGUGGAGUUUCAUGGGCCAUGCUGGUGGCCCGGACCUGCCAGCUCUACCCCAACGCCGUAGCCGCCACACUUGUCCAUAAGUUCUUCCUGGUUUUCUCAAAAUGGGAGUGGCCGAAUCCUGUGCUACUGAAACAACCUGAGGACAGUAAUCUCAAUUUACCUGUUUGGGACCCCAGAGUGAACCCGUCUGACAGAUACCACCUGAUGCCCAUCAUCACGCCCGCCUACCCCCAGCAGAACUCCACCUACAACGUUUCCACGUCAACACGCACCAUUAUGACGGAGGAGUUCAAACACGGUCUCAGCGUCACAGACGAGAUUCUGCAAGGCAAAGCAGAAUGGCCGAAGCUCUUUGAACCACCCAACUUUUUCCAGAAGUACAAGCAUUACAUUGUUCUUACUGCCAGUGCAUCCACAGAAGAAAACCACUUAGAAUGGAUCGGCCUCGUAGAGUCGAAGAUCCGCGUUCUGGUGGGGAACCUGGAGAGGAACGAGUACAUCACGCUGGCUCACGUCAACCCGCAGUCUUUCCCCGGCUCCAAAGAGAACCGCAACGAGAACGACUUUGUCUCCAUGUGGUUUAUUGGGAUCAUCUUCAAGAAGGUGGAGAACGCAGAGAGCGUGAACAUCGACCUUACAUUUGACAUCCAGUCCUUCACAGACACGGUAUACAGACAAGCUAAUAACAUCAACAUGCUGAAAGACGGGAUGAAAAUUGAGGCGACGCACGUGAAGAAGAAACAGCUCCAUCAGUAUCUCCCCCCCGAACUGGUGCAGAAGAAGAAAAGGAGCUUAGCGGACCUGAACCGAAGCUCGAACGGUGGGAGUUCGAAGCGGAUCUCCCUGGACGGCAGCCACCUGGACAGCUCCAGAGACACCGACUCGGGGACGCCCUUCAGCUCCCCGAGUAGCAAACCCCUCAAACCCGCGUCGGACACAGACGAAGGAGCGAGUCCGCCAAAGCAGCUUUUCCUGGAGACAUCUCCAGCACCGAGCGCAGCCGCCGCCACGCCUCAAACCAGCGCCGCCGCGGCAGCCGUGUCAUCGAGCGCGGCAGCGGCGGCGGAGCCGGCUGCAUCAGCUGCAGCUACAGAACAAGACGCCGCUCGCUGUUCGCCGCCCGCCGGAUCGUCAAUCAGCGGCGUUCCGAGUGACUCAGUGAAGCCCAGCAGCCCCAAGGAGGAGCCCAACGGUCUGGAGGAGAUCGCCGCCAAGAGGCCGCACUCGCCCACGCAGGACGACCUCGCCAAGAGGCACAAGGACGCGGACGCAGCGCCCAGCGACGACUCGACGUUCAAGGAGCCGUACCCGCCGUCGUCGGACUGCAGCCCUCACGGCGAGGCGCCCAGCACCCCGCCUCACUCUGGAUCAAAGGUCAAACUCAUUCCAACCAUCGAUACCUCGAGAACGCAGAGACUUCCCAGCAUGGAGCUGCCCGACGCCUCGUCGCCGCUGCCGGCCAGCAACAGCUGCCGCGUCGUGAAAAACUCCAUCAAGCUUGCGCUCAAUCGUCACAACGUCACGCCGCCCAAGCCACCGCUGUUCGAGGGAACGCUCAGCCAAGACGCUCCGGCCGCCAGCGAAGAAAAGGGCAUGUCUAUUCCCGUCAUCGGAUCAAAACAUGCGGCCCCUAAGCUCACAGCGCCCCCUGUUGGCAGCUCCAUCCCCACCCUGGUCAGCCGAGUCGUCGACCCGCUGAACGGCGCGACCUCUAAACGACCUCACUCCCCUUCGGUGGAGGAGCAGGCGAAGCGGCUGAAGGAAACAGAGAAGGCCCGGAUUCACAUAGCCUGAACGGACCGCAGGUGAACCGCGCCGCCUCAGAGGCCGGACCCUCAGCGGUCCAGCCAAAACGGCGACAUUUUGGAUCCUCUUCAGGUCAGUCUCUGUGAACCGUGACGCAGCAGGACGGAAACGUCGGCGCAGACGUUUUGGGUUUUCUUCCGGCGGUCGGCGCUGACCCGCUCAGAGACACGAGAACUACAGCAGCAGUUUUUUACUCCGUCUCCUCUUCCUUUUCCAUCUGUGUUUCACAAACAUAGUCAUGGGAGAUGAGCUGUUCUUCAUGUCCGAUUCCUUUUUUUUCUUCUUUCUUUCUUUUUCAGAUGAUGUUUUAAUAAUAAUAAUUAUAAUAAUAAUAAAAAAAUAGGCGCUUCUUCUUAUUCACUCUGCUGGAGAGAGAGAGAGCUCAUGUUUGGUCAUUCUCCCACAUUUCCUUCAUACCUGUACUGUAAAUGUUGAUGUACAUAACCUUUUGUCUUUAAAAAAACGCAAAAACAAAAGAUCAUCAAGUCUUUUGAUUAUUCUAUUGUAGUUUUAUCUAAAAAGAAAAAGUUUAAAAAAUUUAUUUUUGUUUUGUUUUUUUCUUUAUCGCUUGUACCAACAAAUCGUCUCCAUCCCUGGAAUGUUUCCUUUUUGUUUUUUUGUUUUUUAGUCGCUGUAUGAGUUCGGUAAGAACAAACAAGCAGCCUUUACGACAGAAAUAUAGAAAUGUUUUGUCGUUUCUUUUGUUUUGUUGUUUUUAUCUUUAUCACAUCACAGACGAUCAGCCGCAGCGCUGCGUACCGUGUCUCUGUCCCGUGUUUCGGUGAGUUUUCCGCGUAAAGAUCCGCAGGUAAGCGCAACCAGAAUGUGUUUGAUACCAAUUUGGCAUUUUUCCACCUAAUAGGCAGAAAAUCAGGAGAACUGGAUCCACCACAUCUGAACUGUUACGACGGAGUGUUAGGGCCACUCUAAGAAAACUCAAAUAAUACAAAAAUGACAUGAAUAAAGUUGCAAAAUUAACUGAUAGUCAAUAAUAUUGCGAGAACUAGUUAUAAAGUAAAAUUGUUACUUUAUAACCAAAGUGAUAUUAUGAAAGUAAAGUCAAAAUAUUCUGAGAAUAAAGUUGCAGGACUAUAAUUUUAUUCUCGUAAAAUUACAUCUUUAUUCUGGUAAUUUGACUUUACUUUGGUAAUAUUCCAACUUUAUUUUUACAAUUCUCAAAAUGUUGACAUUUUCAUAUUAUUCUCACAUAAUUUCAACUUUAUUCCCUCAUUACUUUAUUCUCAUAUAAUGACUUCAUUCUCAUGAUAUUAUGACUGUGAUACGACAUUAUUCUUGUAGAAUUGUGUCUUUAUUCUCUUAAUGCAACUUUAUUUUGCCUUUUCUUGAAAUGUUGACUUUAUUUUCAUAUUAUUUGGGUUUUAUUCUGGUACAAUUUCAACUUCCUUCUCAUAUCACAACUUUAUUUUUGUAAUUUUAUUUUGUCAUUUUUUCAUUGCGUGGCCAUAAUACUCCGUCGUGAAGCUGUUUCUCUCCAACCUCUGACUGUAAAGACUCUUUCGGAUCAAACCGAACCUCGUUUUUUUGCUUUGUUUUUGUAGUUUAAGAAAAUCUUUAUUUUUGUUUUGUUUUGGAUGACUGGCUGGCUGUGUGCAAGCGUUUAACGAUGGCUGUGUUGACGUGUAAGAGAGAGAAUAUUCCCUUUGUUUCGGGUGCUAACCCUCUGCGCCUCCUGUGGAGGUUCUUAGAAGGCAUCUUGUGGGUCCGCAGGUUGAGUGGGGUGUCAGUGGGAGUGGGUGGGGUGUCCAGAGAUGUGUCCACUCCCCCCCCCCUCCACCACCCUGACCCGGCCUGUAGACGCUGAGUGGCUUUGUGUUUGAUGUACAUGUCGAGUGAUGCUACUACUGACGCUCUUCAUUAAUGCUUCUUUAUUUUUUUUCCAGAAUCAGUUUCCCAAGCUAAAAUGUACAGAGGGCUGUUUUUUUUUUUUUUUUUUUUUUUUUUUCAAAAAGGCAUCUUUUGUCAUUAUUGGGGGUUUUCUUAUCACAUUAUUUAUAUAUGCAUAUUUGUACCAUGUGAUCUUUUUGUUUUAAUAGCAUUCAUAGCAGCUAGAUCUUUUCUUUUUUUUUUUUUUUUUUGGGAAUAUCUGCACCACUCGGUUUCAGACGACUCAUUUCUGCUGUUCAGAAACAUUUAACACAAGUCAUUUAGAUGUUUGUUUCUAAAAUGUAUUGAAAGGGUAUUUUUGUAUGUGUUUACCACUUCCUUUAAAUGAAUCAUACAUCCAUUAAACCCCUUAGAAAAACAAAA